AUGAAUAGUUUGAGAGCUUCAAGUUCGAAAAGUGCAGGAACUGGAAGUAUUAUGUUGCUCUCCUGGCUGUCUCAAGACGCAACAGACCAUGACCAAGAUGAGCAAGAUGAAGCGUCCGUAGCUCUCCUACCGAAAAUAUCAGACGACAAGCUCCCAAGAGGAGGAAUAUUCCAAAAGAAUUCUGAAGACGAUAUUGGGUCUCUCGCCAUCGAGUCCAAGAAACUCCCUUGCUACUUCAUCAAAAACCUAGACCAAACAAACAUCGCCAACGCCUACGUCUCCGGCAUGAAAGAAGCACUUUCCAUGACAUCUAACGAAAUAAACCUCAUAGACGUAGCCUGGACCACGGGUUACGUUCUCGGACAAUUGCCUUCUCAAUUCAUUCUCACCAAAGUCCGACCGUCGGUAUGGAUUCCAAGUUGCGAGGUAGUGUGGACGCUCCUCACUUUUUCGCUUGCAGGAGCGACGACUACCAGGCAGGUUAUUGGAAUCCGGUUCUUUGUGGGUUUGGUAGAGAGUAUUUUUUAUCCGGCGGCGCAUUUUUUGAUCGGGAGCUGGUAUAACCCUUCUGAGUUGGGGAAGAGAGCGUGUGUGUUCCAUGCUCCGGCUGUGGCGGCAGGGAUGUUUUCGGGGUAUUUGCAGGCUGCUGUAUACCAGGGGUUGGAUGGGGUACUUGGAAAAACAGGCUGGCGAUGGUUGUUUGUUAUGGAUGCUUUGAUCAGUCUUCCUAUUUGCUUAGCCGGGUUUUACAUGAUUCCUGAUUUGCCGGAGAACACGGUGGCUUUCUAUUUGACUGAGGAGGAUGCGAAGUUGGCGAGGAGGAGAAUGAAUGCUGUGGGCCGCGCCCCGAGGAAGACACUGGGUUGGUCUAUUUUGGGGAGGGUGUUUACGCGGUGGCAUGUCUAUUCUUUGACGUUGCUAUACAUCAUAUUCAUUAACACCAGUCCUUCAUCGAGCGUAAAUCCUUUUGCGCUUUGGUUGAAAGAUCAAGGGUAUCCAGUUAGCCAGAUCAAUACCAUCCCGACGGGCGCCGGCGCCAUCCAGCUUGUAACAACGAUAUUUUUCGCCAUGCUCAGCGACUUCCUGCGCGAUCGCCCUCUCGUAAUGUCUCUCAGUACCUCCAUAGGAUUCUUCUCCGCCCUGUGCCUCGCAAUUUGGAAUAUUCCUAACGGGCUGAAGUGGCUCGCAUUCUUCAUACAUAAGGCUGCUGUUCCAUUUGGUCCACUCAGGGCUGUUGUUCUGAGAGUUAUGAAUGCAAGUGGAUAUGCGGUGAAUGCGUGGUUACCCUUGUUGACGUACCCGGUUGUGGAUGCCCCGAGGUUUAGGAGGGGGUUUACAUACAGUACAUUAGCAUUUUUGGCGCAGUUUGGAGUUACAGGUUUGGUUACUUUCUUGCGGAGGCGUGACAAGAAGAACGGAAAAGGCGACGAAGAAAUGGAGGAUAUGGGUGCGUGUGAGUGAUAUGACCUUCCAAUUGCU